UGUUCAGUGUGGUGAUUUAUGUGGCUUAAUGCGAGAUCUUACUGCACAGCAUGUGCUGUGUUUUUGAGCCUUCACGCAGAUAGCUAGGUAGUGGAGCACUCCACUCUGCAGAUCAGCCAUCGGCCAUGACGCCGCCACCAGCGCCAGCCAUGGCCGCGGAGAGCAACGCCAGCCAUGGCCGCGGAGAGCAACGCCGUCCACGGCGGCGGCCGCCGGCACGUGCUCCUGUUCCCGCUCCCGUACCAGGGCCACAUCAACCCCAUGUUCCGGCUCGCCGGCCUCCUCCACGCGCGCGGCUUCGCCGUCACCGUCUUCCACACCCACUUCAACGCGCCGGACCCGGCGCGCCACCCGCAGUACCGCUUCGUCCCCGUCCCCGACGGCACGUCCGGCCCCGCGCCCGUCGCCAUCGAGGACGUCGUCGCGCAGAUCCUCGCGCUCACAGGCGCGUGCGAGUCCGAGUUCCGGGACCGCCUCGCCGCCGUCCUGGAAGAGUACUCCAGGGACGCCGUCGCCUGCCUCAUCGCCGACGCGCACCUGCUGCCGAUCUUCGAGGUGGCCGCGAAGCUCGCCGUGCCCACGCUGGCGCUGCGCACCGGCAGCGCCGCCUGCUGCGCCUGCUUCCUCGCGUACCCGAUGCUCUUCGAGAAAGGCUACCUCCCCGUAAAAGAGUCGCGGCGCGACAUGCCGGUGAGCGAGCUGCCGCCGUACCGAGUGCGUGACCUGGUGGUUCUCAGCGGCGACGAACGCGGCGGUGUGCGCGAGCUUCUGGCCCGCGCCGUGACGGCCGUGAAGCUCUCCUCGGGCCUCAUACUCAACACGUUCGACGCGCUCGAGCGGCGCGAGCUGGACGGCCUCCGGCGGGACCUGGCCGUGCCGGUGUUCGACAUCGGCCCGCUCCACAAGUUCUCCCCGGCCGGCGACAGCAGCCUGCUGCGGCAGGACCGGAGCUGCCUGGAGUGGCUGGACGCGCGGGCCCCGGCGUCGGCGCUGUACGUGAGCUUCGGCAGACUGGCCUGCAUGAGCCCGGAUGACCUGGUGGAGACGGCGUGGGGCAUCGCCGGCAGCGGCGUGCCGUUCCUCUGGGUGGUCCGGCCGGGCAUGGUCCGCGGGUCGGCGCGCCAAGAGCUUCCCGAGGGGUUCGAGGCCGCGACGCGCGGGCGUGGGAUGGUGGUGGCGUGGGCGCCGCAGGAGGAGGUGCUGCGCCACCGCGCCGUGGGCGGGUUCUGGACGCACAACGGGUGGAACUCGACGACGGAGAGCGUGUGCGAGGGGGUGCCGAUGCUGUGCCGCCCCUACUUCGGCGACCAGAUGGGGAACGCGAGGUACGUGGAGCACGUGUGGAGGGUGGGCGUCGAGGUGGGCGGCGAGCUCGAGAGGGGCGCCGUCGAGGCGGCGAUCCGCCUGCUGAUGACCGGCGAGGACGGCGCGGAGAUGAGGGCGAGGGCCGGCGAGCUGAAGAAGGCGGCGGAGGAGUGCACCGGCAAGGGCGGGUCGUCGUGCCUGGCCAUCGAUAAGCUGGUCACGCACAUGAUGUCCCUGCAACAUUAGGGUAUCAUUUUAUUUGUCCGACCCACUGUGCCAUGUCAUCUUACCUUUGUGGUUUCCGUGUCUGAACUCGGUAAUCAGUUGAAAAUCUUUUCGCCAUGAAAUUUGGCUGAAACCUCGUGACUGAGGGGGUGUUUAGUUGGUGAAGAGGUUUGGGUUUGGCUACUCUAGCAAUUUGUUAUUUUUUCAACUGCAUUUAAUAUUUACAUGCAUGUGUUAAAAAAUUCGAUGUGAUAGGUACCGUAGAAUUUUUUUUGGAACUAAACACCCCUGAGUGGUUCUCUUUCGCUACACCGCGGUCGGCACGCACGUAUCUUGUAUUCAGAUUCCACAGAAUGAACCUGAAUUAUUGGAACUCGGAACACAGACGGCAGCAGCUCGCUGGAUGAAGACGAACACCACUCGUGCUGCUGCAUACUGCUACGUGUGCAAGAACGGCCGCCAUGCGCCUGCCGAUAAGACGUUCGUUCAGACGCCCAAACUUGGAAACCUCCAAAUAAAUGGGCAUGUCGUCAGCCCAGCCGAUAAGUGAAGAAAAGGCCGUUGGAGGAGCCUUGGACGCGGCAGGCGUCGACAUACGUCAUCUGGGACCGUAUGGUUUCCCCCCGUCGAGUUGAGUUUCCAUCUUCCCCGAAUCGUGGGCGCGCGACAACACCAGCUGCAGCGGCAGCCUCACGCUCGUCGCCGUCGACGGACGACACGACGGGCAACGCCAUCGACGCGACGCCGGCGUGUGUAGAGUCUGCUAGCAAGGAGGAGCUACUUGUACUUGGGAUCGGCUGGAGCUAGUUGCGGGCGGCGCACGGGUCGCUGGUGUCUGUAGCUCCCCGGCCGAUUUCAUGGCCGCAAAAGUCAAGAUAAUAAGAUGCGCGUGUAACGUUGGGUCGA